AUGCUAACCAGCAAAAAAAUGCAAGUACGUCGAAUAAUGACGCCCCAAGGAGGAGGAACUGACUCAAUUCAGAAUCCCCAAGCAUGGCCAGUACCAUUCUAUUCUAACAACGGAUUAAUCAUUACACCAUCAUCAGUACAACCAGUACAGACAUCCCAGCCAGUACAACCAGUAGUAACGCCUGCACCGCCAGUUGUCACUCAAAUAUCAACGCAGCCGCCAACUACCAUUGGUACUGUAAACAAUAUUAUUAUAUCACCUGCACCUACUGUUGCUAACUUUAAGGCUCCAAAUACACCAAAUCAAUUACAACCAAUACCAGAAACACUUAUUAUAAAUCCUGACUGGAUGAUUAAUUAUGCUGUCAAUCCUCCGGUUACUAUUCCCCCACUUACUACUGCUAGUGCAGUAUCAACAAAUGCUUUGCCUGAUGUAUUUAUUAUCGAUCCACAGUAUAUGAUAACCCCAGUCCCGUAUGUACCUUCUCCUGUGGUUUCAACUGUCAAAACUAAUUAUCCCGCUUCCAUUCCCACAACUGAACCUGUUCAAACUUCAUCUUUACUUCCAAGCAGUACUUCUACUGUUUCUUCAACUGCUGCUUCCAGUUUAGCCGUUACAAAUACGACAUCCGCUUCUACUGCUCUUUUGACUACUCCUAGUCUAGUUACUACUACUGGUCCCGCUUCUGUUACCAGUACCACUCCUACUACUACUUUAGAUACUAAGUUGUCUUCUACUAUUAUUUUAAACACAACUGCAACAACCCAGACUCCUUUUACAUCUGUUCUUCUUAACUCUACCAGAAAUGCACGAAACAGUACUACUUUGUCUUUAACUGAUACACCAUUCACUUCUGCUAUCAUAACACCUAGACCUAGUCCAGAACCUUUAAUAUCGACCGAGUCUCCUCUUAGCAGUACAUCAACAGCUAGUCCUUGCGAAAACCCUUCCACACUUAGACCUCUCGGUCUUGACUGCAACUAUACCUUUAAACCACCACAAUUAGCCAACCAAGUACUUGUAGUAAAUCCCAGCGGUACUGCUUCAAUUUUUCAAGUAGAACUACCAGCUGUGAUCAAGUUUGACCUUAACAUCACAUCUAUGCCUAAUUAUAUUGUUAGCGUAUCACCAGCGACUGACGUUGGAUCCGACGUUGUAGAAAUAGUUAGUGCUACUUCUGCUAGCUUAGUAUCAUCCACAGACACACAUGCUUCUUCUUUAAAUAAUAUUAACAUUGAUCUAUCUGAUCCAAAUCUUAAUACAGGGUGGAGCUCAACGUUAUCUCCCUUUAUUACCAGCCCAGUUGUUCCUCAGCCGCUAAAUAGGAUAUCUCAAGAAAAAUGUAUCGAAUACUCCUCUAGCAGAAGAAGUGCUAGAAAAUCUCAAGUAACGGUCUUUAUAAUCGGAGGACAGAGUAGCAGACAAAAAGAGUUUCCACAUAUGGCUGCUUUAGGAUAUGGAGUAAAAUCGGAUAACCAAUGGUUAUGUGGAGGCAGUUUGAUAAGUGAGAAUUAUAUUCUUACUGCAGCGCAUUGCUUAACAGCACCAUCACUAGGUGCUGUUCGGUACGUUCGUUUGGGCACCACCACUUUACAAACCGAAACAUUGGACUCAGCCGACUACGAUGUAGUUAGAAGAAUUCCUUACCCGACCUAUGUCAACGGUCGCCAGUACGAUGACAUUGCUCUUCUUCAACUAGACAGACCUGUGCAAUUUACCGAAUAUAUACAACCCAUAUGUCUGUUUUCUUCUACUGACUUAGCCAGCGUGCAGCUUAUAGCUACCGGUUGGGGGAAAACUAGCAAUUAUGGAAGUAUCGCCAAAGACUUGCAAAAAGUUGAUCUGGAUUAUGUACCCAAUGACGUGUGUCUUAAAGCGUACAGUGUAGUUCCCAAAGAUGAGCUGCCAUAUGGAAUUAUAGAUACGUCACAGGUGUGUGCUGGUGCACAAGAUGGAUCCAAAGAUACUUGUCAGGGAGACUCUGGCGGGCCACUUCAAGUGCAACAGGACGGAAGGCUGUACAUAGUGGGAAUAACGUCCUUCGGAAUUGGAUGCGGGAAGCCAGGUAUACCGGGAGUGUAUACAAGAGUAUCUAACUAUUUACCUUGGAUAGAACAAACAGUUUGGGGAAGAUAA